AUGGAGGUGAGGUGGACUCCGGGGGACGUGGACACGGAGGACCGAGGAGCAGGCGAGGCGGAGGCAGUGAGGCAAAAGACCGGGGAAGGGAGUGCCCAGCCGACUGAACGGAGGACGAGGGGUGAUGGCCAGGCUCAGCGAGUGUCUGGCCAGAGGAAGAAUGGCUCGUGUGUUUGUGCGGUGGACUCCAACCUGUGGACGUUCCCUGCUGUGAAGUACGAGUCCGUGCUGCAGCAGGUUCAGUCCUGUGAAGGAUCUUUGAACAACCUGCAGGAACAGGUGACGUUAUCCAGCCAGCGUCUCCCUCAGAUCCAGGCCCUGGUUAAGAACAUGACGGCCCGGCUGGAGCCUCACCAGUACCUGCACAACCAGACACUGUACACAGCCUUGUCUCUGCGCCUGCUGGGCCAGGAGCUCAGCCAGUUGGAGACAGAUGUUGGUGUCAUCCACAAGCAGCUAAACAACGGCCAAACACAGAAACUCUCCAAAGAGGUGAGUAAAUUGCGUGCAGAUGUAGACAGGAAGCAAAUGUCAGACACAAUUAACAUGAAGACAGUCAGAGAGAAACUGCGCUACCUGAAGAACACCGCUGAGUCCUGCAAGUCAAUCCCCAAAGACUUCAGAGGCCAGGACAGGUACUGCCUCAAGGGCCUGAUCACAAAUAUUAGCGAACCUGUCAUGACUAAGGUCAGUCCUCACGGUAAGAGCUACAUCUCUGGUUCGUGGGGCAAACAGGCCCAGAUGGACAGCGAGGGGGAGAAGAACAGCUACUGGGUCCAACCUCUGCUCAGCAGCCACAUCUGGGGCAACUCCCUGCGUGUUUACCAAACCUACGAAGACUUCAUGGCCUCUGCCAACUACAGGGACUUUACCUUUGCUCCAUCCUACAGUCAUGCCGACAGCAUUGAGGGUCCCAGUGCUGUUCUAUAUGGUGAAGCGCUGUACUAUCACUGCUACCGCUCUGCAGACGUCUGUCGCUACGACCUGAAGAGCAACGCCGUCAAACGGGUGACACUUCCAGGCACCGGCGUGGGUUUCAACAAUAAGUUCCCGUAUUGUUACUAUGACUGCCGUGCCAAUAGUGAUGUAGAUGUGGAGGCAGACGAGACGGGACUAUGGGCAAUCUAUGCCACUGUCGGUAACCAUGGUAAUCUAGUGGUGAGUCGGCUAGUUUGGGACAGUGAGGCCGAGACACUAAAUGUCUCCCAGACGUGGGAGACGAGGCUGUUCAAGAAGGCAGUGAGCAAUGCUUUCAUGGUGUGCGGUGUGCUAUAUGCCACUCGAUUUGUGGACGAAUAUCGCGAGGAGGUGUUCUACGCCUUCGACACAGCAACAGGCAAAGAGGACAACUCACUAGCACUGCCACUGGAGAAGGUAGCUAAAGGAGUGGCCAGCCUGAGCUAUAACCCCAUCAACAGACAGAUCUACAUGUACAACGAUGGAUAUCUGCUGGCCUACCAGGCCAACUUCUGAUCUGAAGCUGUUGUAAUGUAUUGCAUGUUAGCCAUGUUCACAUAGCACCUAACAACAAGAAAUAGCUUGAUCCAUGAAGUAUGCCAAUGUUAGCAGCCAGGUACUCCAUGUUGUUAGGAUUUGUAGGGCAUCACAAACAAUGUUUGUAUGUUAAAACAUGUUUGUAAUGUAGUAACACUGAC